GGGGCCAAGGGGAAAAUGAGUGGGCCACGAGCCUCCCGGACCUGCUCAGGCUCGGAUGAGGCUUCUAACUUUAGGUCUCCGCUAGGCACCAGGCUCAGGGAACCUCUCACCCAGGCUCGGUUCCAGCAACAAUUCGGGGGCCCAGAACAGGAUCCUGAGCUACCGGAGGAGCCUAGCUUGCCCUGGCUGUGCAGGUUGUGGAGCAGCCUAGUCCGAGCUUGCUCCUGGCCGGGGGCGUGGCGCCUGCUGCUAGCGCGGUUGCCCCCGCUGCGCUGGCUGCCCCGUUACCGCUGGAGGGCUUGGCUGCUCGGGGACGCGGUGGCCGGAGUGACCGUGGGCGUCGUGCACGUGCCCCAGGGCAUGGCUUUUGCCCUUCUGACCUCCGUGCCCCCGGUGUUCGGACUCUACACUUCUUUCUUUCCCGUGCUCAUCUACAGCUUGCUGGGCACUGGGAGACACCUGUCCACUGGAACCUUCGCAGUACUCAGCCUCAUGACGGGCUCUGCGGUGGAGCGGCUGGUGCCCGAACCCCUCGCUGGGAACCUGAGUGGACACGAGAGAGAACAGCUGGAGGCUCAGCGAGUUGGAGCUGCAGCAGCGAUGGCCUUCGCCAGCGGGGCGCUGCUGCUGGGGAUGUUCGCGUUGCAGCUCGGGGUCCUGUCAACCUUUUUGUCCGAGCCUGUGGUCAAGGCGCUGACCAGUGGGGCCGCGCUGCACGUGCUCGUGUCCCAGCUGCCAAGCCUUUUGGGAUUGUCACUACCGCGCCAGAUCGGCUACUUCUCCCUCUUCAAGACGCUGGCCGCCGUGCUCACGGCACUGCCCCAGAGCAGUCCGGCCGAAAUGACAAUCUCGGCGCUCAGCCUGGCACUGCUCGUGCCCGUCAAGGAAUUGAACGUGAGAUUCCGGGAUAGGCUCCCCACCCCGAUCCCAGGGGAAGUCGUCAUGGUCCUUCUGGCCUCUGUGCUCUGCUUCACCUCUUCUCUGGACACAAGAUAUAAUGUCCAGGUAGUGGGACUGUUGCCUGGAGGAUUUCCCCAACCCCUCCUGCCCGACCUGGCUGACCUGCACAGGAUACUGGCCGACUCACUGCCCAUUGCACUGGUUACUUUUGCUGUGUCCACCUCCUUGGCCUCCAUCUAUGCAGACAAGUAUAGCUACACUGUUGACCCCAACCAGGAGCUCUUGGCCCAUGGUGUCUCCAACCUCAUAUCCUCCCUUUUCUCUUGCUUUCCCAACUCUGCCACGCUGGCCACCACCAGCCUACUAGUGGACGCAGGUGGGAAUACACAGCUGGCAGGUCUCUUCUCCUGCGUAGUGGUCAUGUCGGUGGUGCUGUGGCUGAGGCAUUUCUUCUACUACCUGCCCAAGGCGGUCCUGGCUUGCAUUAACAUCACCAGCAUGCGCCAGAUGUUCUUCCAGAUGCAGGAACUUCCACGGCUAUGGCACGUCAGCCGGAUGGACUUUUCUGUGUGGAUGGUCACAUGGGUGGCUGUCGUGACUCUGAAUGUGGACCUGGGCCUAGCUGUGGGUGUGGUCUUCUCCAUGAUGAUGGUGGUCUGCCGCACCCAAAGAGUGCAGUGUCUGGUGCUUGGACUGGCCGAGGGGACGGAGCUCUACAGGCCACUCCGAGAGAGCCAUAAGCUCCUUCAGGUUCCUGGUCUCUGCAUCCUGAGCUAUCCAACACCACUCUACUUUGGGACUCGUGGGCAGUUGCGCCACAACUUGGAGUGGCAUCUGAGGCUUGGAGAAAGAGGAAAGGAGUCUGCAAAGCCUGGCGGCCUACCUGGUGCAGGUGAGAUGGAAGGACAAGGAGGGAGUUUGGCCACGGCUCAUGGAAGCAUCUGGGUACUGCUGCUUUCUCCCUUCCUAGUUGCUGAGCCCGUCAGAGUGGUGAUCCUAGACUUCAGUGGCGUCACUUUUGCAGAUGCUGCGGGGGCCAGGGAAGUGGCACAGCUUGCCAGCCGCUGCCAGGACGCUGGGAUCUAUCUUCUCCUGGCUCAGUGUAAUGCUUUGGUGCUGGAGACCCUGACCCGGGCAGGACUGUUGGAUACAGUGACCCCUGGACAACUGUUUGUGAGUGUCCAGGAUGCAGCGGCACACGCUCUGGAGAGACUGGAGCUCUCUGGCCCCAAGAUUUGCACAGUGUGGGUCUAACCAGGCCACUUGAAGUGUGAAGGGUCCCAAAAAGUGUGAAAAGGGCCACCAUCCUUGAACUCCCUUACUUAAUGUAGCUAAUAAAACGAAUCUGAGAACCUC